AUUCACGGGACAUCAUGCAGACAGUGUCUCGCUACUACAGCAACGCCUUCACUGGUGAGAUAACCCGUGUUCCCAUUGUGUUGUUUCUUCUUUCGUCAAACGACACAUGUCCGGCCAAGUCACUAUUUUUGUGGGACAAAACAAAACUUUUAUCUGACUUAAUGAACGACGAAAUAUGCGUUUUAGCGAAAAAUGUGCGUAUAAGAAGCGGGACUUGUACGCAUAAAAAAGGUGAAUUUUUUCGAUGUUUUAUCAUCUUCUCGUCUUUACUUCUAUAGAAAAUUGUUUUGAGGUGCAGCAAAUAAGGAUAUAUAUUUUGAUUUUGGGGGUUAAGGGGUUAAAGGUACUUGAAGAAUAUUGACUUUUUGUGGGUGCUUUCGUUAAUUCGAUUAUCAGUAUGUUUGAAUUAUAGUACUGUACUGUUCCAGUGGAACGACUGAAACCUAACUUUAUACAGUAGUUAAGUUCCUCUAAAUGCAAGUGAAGUAAUUUGUGCCUUUUGAACCGAAAAAAGGGCAGGAAUUCUCAAAGGAAGGCAGAAUUAAGUGAUCCACUAUGGCCGUUUCGAAAUCCUUGCUCCUUUAGUCACUGCACACUUCCCCUUUAAAAGUUCAAUUUCAUACCUACUCUCACAUUUUUCCCCAAUUUUCUUCCUAUGAUUCUUGGUUGAAAUAAUUCAUCCAGGUCUGAAUCAUUGAUUUAAAAAAAUGAACUUGAACUAAACAUGAUACGGGACUUGGAUCAUCAGAGGUGUUAAAGAAGAAUGUGGCGGAAAGAGUUUUUUUUUGUAUUUUAGCCAAUGUUUAUUUCAAUUUAUAUUUUUCGGUUAAAUUUGACAUACAUUAGAAGUAGACGAAGAGUCUUAAAAGUAAAUACGGUAAUUUGUAAUUUGAGUGUUAAGGAAUCCGUCUUUGCAGAUGCUGACAAGCAACAGGCCUUGAAUCUGUUUCUUGGAAUAUUUUUACCGCUGCUGGAGAAGCGUAACAUCUGGGAAUUACCGAGUGAUUAUUACCUACACCACAAUACAACAUUGGACUUAAAGGCCUCCAAGACCAAGAAAAGGUUGGUUUUAAUACUAUGUCUCCUUUCAAUAGUUUCCUUGUGUCAUAAUGGCCAUUAGCAAACUUAAGCAAAGGCGUUUUUGAGCCACGCACGUCAACCGUUGCCUUUUCCCUUUUAAUAUGCUUUGACGCUACCAAAUUUGUCUUGCUAAGGGUCUGUUUACAUGGAGGUGGGGGACCCCAGGUAGGUGAGGUAACCCGCUUUGGUGGGUAACCCGCCUGUCCAUAUAAUCUCUCAUUUUCAUUUGAUCACAUUUACAUGAUAGGUGGGGUGACCCGCCAAAUGUUACCUCACCUAUCUGGGGUGCCCCAUGUCCAUGUAAACAGGCCGUAAGUGUCUGUACUCUUAUAAAAACGAUUUGCGCGAACAGUUAAGGGAGGCAGCGUGGCCGAGCGGUUAUUGCUCUUGACUUUCAAUCCGGAGGCCCCGAGUUCAAGUCCAGCCCUGACCGCUAGAUGGGUUGUUCUCGGUAGUCCCGAGUUCAAGCCCUGACCCGGUCACGCUUGUAAAUAGCCAACUGGUUUGCCCUGGUUUGCCUCUGGUCACUUGGGAUGUUUGUUUCAGGCAUUUGCUCGGCCCCACUAGCAUUAGCACUAUAAAUACUGCCAAGGGUAAACAAAGGAUAUUAUUAUUAUAAUUUUGAUUUUUAUUCUUAUCCAAAAAGUCCACUUCCGGUUGACGUGCGUCGCUCAAAAUCGUCUUCAGGGAUUUUAAGCGCGUCAACCGGAAGUGAGCUUCCUUCUCUUUUGAUAUGCCCAGCUAAGUGUCUUCGCUCUUAAAAAGACUAUUUCCCCAAGAAUUUGUUCAAAAUUACGGCCGAAGAGUUCAAAAAUUCCAGUUCCGGUUGACUUGCGUCGCUCAAAAACGUCGUUGCUUAAACUCCCUUUUGUUUAAGCUCGCUAUCGUUGCCUUGUCCACGCACGGCAUCUUCCCAGGCCUUCUCGGUCAAUGCGUUUCGGUGACUUAAACUUGCUAGUACCACGUGACCAGAAACGCACAGGCCGCGCGGAAAAAUGUGGCCUAGGAACUAGGAAAUGGCCGUCGCACAACUUUUUUUAUAACCUGAGAAAAUAAAAUAGGAGGCAAAAUAUCCGGAUUGAAACUACCAUUUUUAUUUUAAAAAGGUCUCUAUAUGAUCAGGAAUUUUAAUGUUUCCUUUUACGCGAGCUUUGUUGUCUCUCGUUCGUUUGCGACAUGUUGAUAUUUGUUUCUACUUCAAGCGUUUACUUAAUCAGAUACUACAUUCCUAUGUAAAGUGAACCGUUUUUAUCCUUCUCAGUUACACCAGAUGGUGGGAUCAGGCUGUGGUCAGGUCUUUGCCCGGCCCUACCCCUGACGGUAUGUAUACAAAUAGACAGUGUUAGAGCAGAGUCGAACAGCAAUGUUGAUCACGUGACCAUUUUUAGACCCUUGAGUGGUCGUUCUUUUUUCCGCAAAGCUACGCGGCGCGGGGACUGCAAAAAAAUUAUGCAAAUUAAUGGGAAAAAGGAGGAGAGAUUGUGGAGGAGAGAGGAAAAAGGACAAUUUUCCACUUCCCUCGGGCUUCCGCCCUCGUUCCUUGGGAUCAACUGUGGCUUAACAGAAAAAUAAGACUGCUCGCGGUCUAAAGCCAAUCAGAAACGGCGAAGUAUUUUGAAUGAAUAAUAAUAGGGCUUAGUGGGUUGAGAAUUAUUCCUAUCCAACCGAGGCGAACCCAAUGAUGCAUCGUCUUUAAAAGUUGAAUAAAUUAUAUAAGAACAGUAUUUUUAAGUAUUGAUGCUUUAAAAAUGUUCAGCCAGAGUUAUGUAAGAAAAUGUGUUGACAAAUUUACAUUUUACGUUCUGUAGAUUCUACGCCAGAUGAAGGGAAUGGCAGCAAAGAUAAAGACGGACGUAAACAACAUUCAGAUGGAGUAGAUGAUGAACUAGUGGACUUGUUUUCAGAGUUUUAUCAGCCAUAUGAUUUGACCGUCCUGGAGAAUCUUUAUCCCCACGUCAUGCAGAAAUCGUGCAGGUACAUGAGUUGUAACUUGGUUUUUUCAAAUGAAUUUGACGCGGACAGACUCACUGGACCGUGUUAUUCAAAACAGGAUAGCCUAAAAGCAAGCUCUUCAUGUGUGGCGAACGAAGCGAGCCAAUCAGCUGUGAGAAUUUUGUUAUAGUUGAGAUUAGCUUAAAAAUAUGGAGAGGCCGUGACCAAGAUGAGUUGUAAUAAAUAUUCAGUAACCUUCUUUGAUUUAAAGUUAUUUUCUUAAAACGGAUGCAAGCUUUCAGCUAUUUGACCCAAAGUGUUAGACCGGCGAAAUUAAAUCAAAGAGGAGCAGUUAUGUAGGAUUUUUAUUAAUCGUGAAGGGAUCACAUAUUCAUCUUGCGUGGAAUACAAAAUAUCGUAAUCUUUCAACUGUAGCCUCACGUACAGUAAUAGGGAGCUUUAGUAACGACGAGGGCGCCGGCAAUGAGAACGUCAAAAAAGCAAUAGGUUUGUUGAGCAAAACAACAACUCUGCACGUGCAUCACGCUUUUUUGAACAUUUCUUGGCCGUCACUGAACGACUGCGACGUGAAAAUGCUUAAUUUUACGUUUUAUGGAGGACGUAAACAAGCAACGACAAAAUUUUGCUCCUCUUUCUAAACUUGAGUGUGGUCCGCAAGAAAUCAACUGUAGGAAAAUUCGCCUUUCAUUAGACAAUUUCAGCGAAUUGGUAAACACUCGACAAAGUUUGAAAAAACGCGAAUUUAAAGCUUCCUAAUGAGUGCUGAUUGGGUUAUAAAGGGCUGAACUCAGGCGAGUUCCGGCGAAAACCCUCAUGUUUCAAGGGAAUGUUGACUGUAAGGAAACUGUAACUGUUGACAGAACUUAAGCUUUCAGAUGUUUAACUUAGCUUGUCAUGUUUGUUUUCAGAGAUUUCAUGCCACCAAAUUCGUAUAAUCACAGUCCUUUUGUAGUGAGAGCUCCUGCUAAAGCCACAGGGUAAGUACCGGAUGAAAUUUUGCAUAAUAUGUUUAUUAACAGACCUCUUUAGCUUGUGUUUUGUUGUCUGUUUUGUUACAUUACGGAGCUUAAGCAUCCACGACGGCAACGGCAGCAAAAACGUCACCCAGAAAGUGAAUUCGCGCUGUUUUGAACUUCAUCGCUCUUAUUCCAACUCCUUUAAUUUGUCAAUUGUUGCCGUCUUUUUCAGGAGUUGAAUCUAGAGGACUGUAUUAACGUUCACAAAAAGAAAAAGAAAAUCGCUGUCUUGCGUUUACGCCCUCCAUAAAACGUGAAAAUAGAAAGUUUCACGUCGUCGUCGUGCAGUGACGGCAAAGAAAUGUACAAAAAGCGUGAUCCACGUGUAAAGUUGUUGUUUUACCAAUCUAAACCUAUUCCUUUUUUGCCGUUCUUGUUGUCGUCGCCGUCGUCGUUGCUUAAGCUCCCAAUUUUCCAAUGAGCGCUGAGUUACCUCGUAAUUCUUCGGCUUUGCAGUGAAGUGCUUAUUCUAAAUUCGUUAAAUAUCUUCUUUACUACUCUCUUUUAACAGAAAGAGAUGAACAGUCAUUCUUGCAUAAGAAUCUGUAGUUGGUAUAAUGCGAAGCGUAAUAGAGAACAAUUUCCUUGUGAUCUCACACUCGGUGAGCCCUUGGCCUUGCAUCAGAUUUCACUUGAGUUUUAUGGGGCUAUUUCCACAUGAGUCCUGAUUUUGCAGCUGUCUAGUUUAGCAAAUGAAAAAAUAAAAAAUGUGCAAAGUAAAUCUUAUGGACAAACCUGACAUGAAACUAUUUGUUUUUAUUUAGACAUAAUGAACAGUAAACCACAAGAAAAAGGGAAAACUUUCUCGUGGUAUAAAUUGAGGUUUGCCGUUUGCUGUAAACGCCAUUCUAAAUCACUCUAUUGUAUUUACAGAAAUCGUUAAACGCGGAAAUCUCUAUUAACAGUGUAUCUGUGGAGUCGUGUAGCCUGCAGAACAGGAACUAUUUUUUUUUUUUUUUGCGUUUUUAGGCGAGCUAAUAGGUACGAAGUGGCCGUGGAGCGCGAGUCGCGUGACGGGGGAAGGCGCCUUUCCUCGACUCGCGUGUCUCGCGCUCGGCGCUCGCUUCAUGCUUGCCUUCGCUCGACGGCGAAAAAAUAACGCCUGUUCUUCAGGUUAGGAGUCCUGUGGACUCAGCCCGACUCUGUUUUCUUUGUAGCCGACGCCCUGUUCCUGUGCGCCGAGCAGUUGGGGCAGCUCCUGAACCGUUGAGUGUUGAUGACAGCAGUGAUUCUGGAUCCAGCUCUGAUGAUGACAGUUCAGCCAUUUUAUUUACACAAAAGAGCAGCAGCUCGAGUACUUGCUGUGUUUCAUUUCAGGUUCGCUACAGCAGUUUUUGAAACCUAAUAUCACCAUGGAUUUUCUCUGCACUGUUCUUCAUACAUUUCCUGUGAUACUGAUGCGAACAGUAGGGAGAAGUCGUUACGUCACGUUGCCAUGGGGGCAAAAUUUCUGGAACUGAAAAAACCGUUGUCUUGCAAAUAUGAGAGGAAAAAACAUGAAAGUUGUCUUGACUUUCCUGUGCAAUAUUGCACUCAGGGACAAAUUAGUAGCCCAUGCUUUUGUUCCAUCGUUCGACAAUGAAAUUAGCCGCCUCUGUCAAGAAAAAUUGUUGAGAUCCAGAAUUUUUUGCUACCAUAGUAACCUGACGUCACACUUCUCUUUAUUUGUUUAACACUCAUUGUCUCUUGUAGAUGAUUUCCUUUUUUUUUUCAUGACCUUUAUGAUUGAUUGAACAGUACAGCUAUCAGUGGAAAUUAAAAGUUGGUCAUUUAUAGAUUAAAGGGCUUAGGUCAAGCUAUUCUAGGGGUUCGCCAGAGGACCACAGAAUUGACUGAAAUAUCAGAAUAACUUCUUCAAACUGCCGAAAGAUAGAACUGAGAGAAUUACAGGAAAGCCAAAAAGGGUCAUGGACGGGUAAUACUGAAUAAGAUUAAAACGGACCGCAUUCAUGUAAACCUAACGAACUUGUAUGGAGUUGGAAAUUAUAAUGCUGGGAGUCACUUAUAUUUGUUCUGUGACGAUGGAUUUAUCAAUACAAGGCGUUUCAUUCAUCCAAAAUACCGCUUCUUUUAUGUGUAGGGAAUCGUGAAACCAGAACAGCAUAGACCGAAGACUUUAAUGUAAGAAAGGGCGAUCUUGUUUGCUUCAAUUCAAUAAACUUCAUUAAGUCUCCCAAUAUGGAUCUUCCGACCUAAGGGCCUGUUUACAUGGAGGUGGGGGACCCCAGGUAGGUGAGGUAACCCGCUUAGGUGGGGUAACCCGCCUGUCCAUACAAUCUCUCCUUUUAAUGUGAUCACAUUUACAUGAUAGGUGGGGUAACCCGUCACAUGUUACCUCACCUACCUGGGGUCCCCCACCUUCAUGUAAACAGGCCCUAAGUUAUAUUCAGCAAAAAAAAGAACCCUGUUUAUUUGCAUUUUAUCACUAAUUUAUGUUUCUCUUCGUUAUACGCUUGACAGGAGUUGCUGCCCUCUAUGAAAGAUGUGUAUGGAGUUGAACUAGAAGACCCCAAGAGGGAAAAUAUGAAGGAUUAUGAAAGGUACUGUCUGCACAUGCCUUGUGGUGAUAUACCGCGUUCCUUAUGACAGACUGGCUCACUGACAGAGACUAAGGAUGAGUAUCUUGAAGCUAUGUCCCGCAUUUUAUCCAUAUUCAGUUCAACCAUAAGAAACUGGCCACCAACUGCGUGAAAUAUGAAAAUAAGCACUAAAAACAGUGAAGGAACCUUUAGAUAACCCAGCAAAUACAAACAAUGGCACGGAUGGACAGAGGUGCAGAAAAACGCGGUUUUCAAAAUUGUUUAGCUAAACAGGUUUUCAAAGUUGAAGACUGUUGUUUGUAACUUUGAAAUGUAAUGUUAGUUUCUCCACCACCAUUCGGUUUCAUAGCGAGUUAUCGAAAAGAUAACGCAUCCGGAUACUUUUCCAAAACGGAGAUUUCAGUUUUCAAAAAUAUCUCAAUACGUGAACAGGGCUUAAACAAAAUGUAUUGAACUAUCGUCCCAGAACCACUUUAACACCUUUCUUUUCCAUUUAUUCAUUUUAUUCUUUUUUUCCAUUUUCUUUAUUCAUUCAUUUAUUUCGUAGAUUUGUUCAGUUUGGCAAAACAGCUCUUCCUGAUAAGGAACACCCUGGCGUUAAACAUAUUCAUUAUAAUUGGUAAGCAAUUAAAAUAAAUGGUGUUGGUAAAAGCAUCUGCGUUGUUUAGAAGGAUUUUUCAAGGUCAACAAAGUUGUCUUGGAAAGUAUAAUAGGGCCUCUCCAAAAGGCUAGCCACAAUACUGAGAUCGGAUGGAAUCUUACGGGAGAUGCUAUACUUACUUUGAAACUGAUUUUGGAUAGGAGGUGUGGUGGUAAAUUAACGGCAAGUGGUCUUACAUUGAAUUCCGACUGGAGAGAUAUCCAACUAAAUCGAACAGGCGCUUAAUACAGGUUUGACUGUACCUUAUAAAGGCGAUGAAUGACUCAAUCGGCGUAGCCUGCGAUCAAGCUCUCCUAUUUAGGCAAGCGAAGCGAGCGCGUUCUCGCGAGACUCGUUUCACUCGCCCAAAUAGGAGAGUUUGCUCGCAGGCCACAAACGGCGAUUCGACCGUACUGGCUGAAAAUUUUACCUCGUUUUGUUUUGAGGCGGCUGGACGUCUAAAUUUUCGUACGGUUAAGGUGGUGUUAGGAAGGGACGCCUAAACGCACAAAUUUUCAACCAGUCAAAAAUUCUUCCGGUCAGCCGUGUGAACGUACCAUAAGACGUGAAACUUCGUGAUGCAACGUUUUAUGGGGGAAGUGAAUGUUUGUUUCUCUUUCUGAACCUGACUGAAUAGAGUCCUUAAGAAUGAAACUCUAAGAAAAUUGGCCAACAUUUGAAAAAUUGAUGGACGCGAAAUAAACGCAAUAGAGUUUGACAGAACGCAAACUCAUGUUUGUUGACGUUCCUGGUUCCAUUGUCAUCCUUGUUGAACGGAAUGGAGCCCAUUCCUGUCUUCGCUCAACAUUGUUCAACUUCAACAUGCCAUAAUCCAGAGUUCAACAUUUGUGGAAAUACAGCUGCAACAUUUGUUGAUCAAUGACUUUUGAAGCGUGUGUAGCUUGCGAGCAAGCUCUUCAUUUAGGGGAUAUCGUGUGAAGUCACACGCGAGCACACGCGAGGAGGGGAAGAGAACCUCACGCAGCUCUGGUUUGCUUUUUGCCCCUCUUAAUGACGAGCUUGUUCGCAGGUUAAACCCUGUGUUACUGGCUUAACAGUUCCUACAUUGCUCUCGGAAAAAGUGUCUGCCUUUUACAAAGAAUGCUAGAGAGUUGAAACGCACCGAACUCGGUAUUUUCUUUCUUAGGGCUGUGCACAAACCCUUUACUCUGGACUGUAAUCGCAAAGUGAGCCCGCCAUCAGUAGAUCGACCAUCAGAGGCCUUGUAUACGGCUUAUAUACACGCUGGAAAAAAUGGACGUUUUUGGCCUUCGUCUGUCAGUGUUGAUGUUUAUCGAAAAUACGUCAGCAAGAAUUACCAAUGA